AUGAGAAAGCAUCUCGUUGUUGCACUGUCACUCCUUAUCAAUUGUGUAUGGGCAGCCACGGUAAAGGUGUCUCUUGAUCAAUCGAUCCAAGAUGCCAUAGACUCGUUGCCAAACGACGACUCGCAAUCGAUCAUUGAAAUUGAAAGUGGCGUUUAUGAUCAAAGCAUCAUUGUGAAGAGAUCAAACGUCGUCUUUCGCCCUUCCAACGAAGGCCGUGUUACCUUGCAAACCAGCAUUAAAGAUGAUUCGGUGGUGCUUAUAGAAUCGACUGCUGAAAACGUAGCCUUUUAUGACUUUGACAUGAUCAACACCAUUGGCGAAGCUGCUGGCAAUCAAAGGGCUCUCAAAACCUACGGCGCCAAACUCGCGUUAUAUAACUGCAAGGUCAUUGGUUUCGGUGACACUGCUCAGCUGGUUCGUGGCAGUGGCUACUUUUACAAUACUUGGGUGGAAGGCACUGUUGAUUUCAUUUAUGGUGAAUACGAUCUUUAUUGUGAGGGAUGUACUAUUGCUGCUAGUGGCAAAGGUGCACUCACUGCUGCUUCAACGCUCGCUGAUGAUGUCCAUGGAGGCUUUGUCUUCCAUGCUGCCAACCUUACACCUGUGGUAUCAAGCAUCUACGACAAGCGUCAAGAAAAUGAUCAUUCAUAUUCAUCCCCACUCAACCCUGCUGAAUACCAACAUAGCACGAUUCUUGGACGACCCUGGCACAAUGCACCUCGUGUUUACUUCCUUGAAAGCUACAUUUAUGAUCACAUCCAGCCCUAUGGUUACGAUGCAUGGGAGUUCACUGAUGAAGAGCUUGCUGGUACCUUUUAUGCUGAGUAUGGAAACAAGGGCCCCGGUGCUGACACGGCUGAACGUGUUUCAUGGGCUCAUCAAUUGAAUGCCGAUGAAGCUGCACCCUUCUUGUCGGCCAAGACCUACUUUAACAACUUGGAUAUCGGCACCGAUUGGAUUGAUCCAGAUUAUUUGUAA